AACAUAAUAUUUCAUACGGCAGCUACGGUGAACUUUAAUGAGAGUAUGAAAGUUGUAGCACUGACCAAUGUUAGAGGAACCAGGGAGAUAAUGCGGUUGGCUAAGUCUUGUAAAGAAUUAAGGUCUAUAGUUCACGUAUCGACAGCGUAUUGUCACGCCACCAAGAGUCGAGUGGGACAAGCUGUCAAGGAACAGUUUUAUGACAGUCCUGUUCCACCUAAUGCUUUCAUAGAUAUGGCCGAAAAUAUUGAUGAAAAUAAAUUAGAAAAUAUGAUGCAAAUGGUAAAGGCGGACUGGCCGAACUCUUACUCUUUUUCUAAAGCACUUGGCGAAGAGAUCGUGCGUUCUGAAGCGGGAAAUUUACCUAUUUCUAUUGUUAGACCGGCAAUCGUUAUUUCUUCAUAUCGUGAGCCGUUGCCCGGUUGGAUUGAUCCGAUGAAUUCAUUGGGUCCCAGUGGCCUUAUUUUAGGAUUGGUGACUGGUAUUAUUCAUGUGUUAAGAACACGUCAAGAUAUCGUGCUAAGCUUAGUGCCGGCCGACCUGGUCACAAACACGACGCUCGUCGCCGCUUGGGAGACCACAAAGGCACAGUCCAAUGAGGGCAAUAUCAAAAUUUAUAACAUAACGAACAAUCGUAACCCGUUGUUGUGGGCGGAAAUUGGCGUAAUUCUUGAGACUUUUGGAAGGAAAUUAAUUUCGUCUCGUGCGGUUUGGUAUUGCUUCCUAGUACAAACGACGCAUAAAUUCCUGUUCACGAUUCUAUUCUGGCUUUUACAUUACAUACCUGCAUUUAUCGCGGAUACGGCUUGCAGAUUUACAAACAGGCGUCCUAUGUAA